AUGGAUGAUGUGGAGCCCAUUGUGCCCCAGGGGCCAGCAGAGGGGAGGAGCCCAAACGGCCACUGCACCCUGUGCCCCAUCUCCAAACAGAGCCCCAGUGAUUCCAAAGUGGUGGAAGACUUCAGGAGGAGGCUCAAGUACUUCUUUAUGAACCCCUGUGAAAAAUAUAGAGCCAGGGGCCGGAAACCAUGGAAACUGAUGUUACAGAUUCUGAAAAUUGCCAUCAUCACGUUCCAGGUAAGCUACUGUAGAAUACAGUGUAGGAGGAGACUUAGGCUACUACUGUUGGUCAUGUAAAAUAUAGGUACAAUAUACACACUUAGAGAGAAGUGAAAUACCCAAAGAUUUAACCAUUUCCCCAUUAAACCAUGACUGUGCGCCAAAGUGGGAUUUCACAAUUAUGGAAGUCCCUAGAAAGAGAAUGUCUAAAAUCAAAAAUAUUUUAUUCACUUAAUACAAGGAAAAAAUCUGAAAUGCUUUGUGUUAUGCAGAAUUGAUGUAUGUAUCUAUUACAUGUUUGUUUUCCUCAGUUAGUGUCUUUUGGAUUGAGUAACGAGAUGAUGGUGACCUUUAAAGAGGAAAACCUGAUGGUGUUUAAACACCUCUUCCUGAAAGAAUAUAAGGACCAACAUGUGGACAGAUACGCAGUGUACACCAAAACAGAUGUGUACGACCACAUCUAUUACAUCAUCGAUACGGUAAUGUAGACUUCAAUUUACAUAAAAACAGUGAAGUCUGUCUCACUGUUUGUUGGCUGCCAGUGUAGAUUAAUUGUCUUCUGUAGAUUACAGCACAGUAUUUAAAGCAUACAGUAGCUGAUUCACCGAUGUGUCAUCUAAAAUUGUUACACAGAGUCAUAUGAGACUUUUCAAACAGUGGAGUUUAUAGUGAAAUUAUAGCUACCCUAAAAAUGUUGACGACAAAACAAUAUAGUGCGUUUCCUCAUUUGUGCGACCUGUGGCAAAUCUGGCCAAGAACAUGGUUGUGUAUCAUGUCUCACUAUAUUUUCCUAUUUUCAGUUUAUAAACCUGCAGAACCUGACGGUAGGGAACCAUGCCUAUGAGAAGAUAGAGGGGGAGUACACCCCUCUGACACUCUGUCAGGAGUUCUACAGGAAAGGCAGCAUCUCCCCUGGCAACGACACCUUUGACAUAGACCCACAUGUCGACAAAGGUACAAGAGCACACCAUUUCAUUAUGUAUUUAUUUUUAGUGAUAGCCUCAAGUGUUCUAUACGAGAGGAUAAUAACAUGGUUUAGAUAUCUUAAAAAAUAUAUACGAUAAGGGAGAAUAAUUUUUAGUUUUAAUAUACACUACCAGUCAAAUGUUUUAGAACACCUAAAGGGUUUUUCUUUAUUUGUACUAUUUUCUACAUUGUAGAAUAAUAGUGAAGACAUCAAAACUAUGAAAUAACACAUAUGGAAUCAUGUAGUAACCAAAAAAGUGUUAAACAAAUCAAAAUAUAUUUUAUAUUUGAGAUUCUUCAAAUAGCCACCCUUUGCCUUGAUGACAGCUUUGCACACUCUUGAAAACAUGACACUUUUUUGGUUACUACAUGAUUCCAUAUGUGUUAUUUCAUAGUUUUGAUGUCUUCACUAUUUUUCUACAAUGUAGAAAAUAGUAAAAAUAUAGAAAAACCCUUGAAUGAGUAGGUGUUCUAAAACUUUUGACCGGUAGUGUAUGUGCCCACAUUGACUGGAAAUAAACAGUACAGUGAGGGAAAAAAGUAUUUGAUCCCCUGCUGAUUGUGUACGUCUGCCCAAUAACAAAUAAAUGAUCCAUUUUAAUGGUAGGUUUAUUUGAACAGUGAGAGACAGAAUAAUAACCCCAAAAAACGUCAAAAAUGUUAUAAAUUGAUUUGCAUUUUAAUGAGGGAAAUAAGUAUUUGACCCCCUCUCAAUCAGAAAGAUUUCUGGCUCCCAGGUAUCUUUUAAACAGGUAACGAGCUGAGAUCAGGAGCACACUCUUAAAGAGAGUGCUCCUAAUCUCAGCUUGUUACCUGUAUAAAAGACACCUGUCCACAGAAGCAAUCAAUCAAUCAGAUUCCAAACUCUCCACCAUGGUCAAGACCAAAGAGCUCUCCAAGGAUGUCAGGGACAAGAUUGUAGACCUACACAAGGCUGGAAUGGGCUACAAGACCAUCGCCAAGCAGCUUGAUGAGAAGGUGACAACAGUUGGUGCGAUUAUUCGCAAAUGGAAGAAACACAAAAGAACUGUCAAUCUCCCUUGGCCUGGGGCUCCAUGCAAGAUCUCACCUUGUGGAGUUGCAAUGAUCAUGAGAACGUUGAGGAAUCAGCCCAGAACUACACAGGAGGAUCUUGUCAAUGAUCUCAAGGCAGCUGGGACCAUAGUCACCAAGAAAACAAUUGGUAACACACUACGCUGUGAAGGACUGAAAUCCUGCAGCACCCGCAAGGUCCCCCUGCUCAAGAAAGUACAUAUACAGUGAGGGAAAAAAGUAUUUGAUCCCCUGCUGAUUUUGUACGUUUGCCCACUGACAAAGACAUGAUCAGUCUAUAAUUUCAAUGGUAGGUUUAUUUGAACAGUGAGAGACAGAAUAACAACAAAAAAAUCCAAAAAAACACAUGUCAAAAAUGUUAUAAAUUGAUUUGCAUUUUAAUGAGGGAAAUAAGUAUUUGACCCCUCUGCAAAACAUGACUUAGUACUUGGUGGCAAAACCCUUGUUGGCAAUCACAGAGGUCAGACGUUUCUUGUAGUUGGCCACCAGGUUUGCACACAUCUCAGGAGGGAUUUUGUCCCACUCCUCUUUGCAGAUCUUCUCCAAGUCAUUCAGGUUUGGCAACUCGAACCUUCAGCUCCCUCCACAGAUUUUCUAUGGGAUUAAGGUCUGGAGACUGGCUAGGCCACUCCAGGACCUUAAUGUGCUUCUUCUUGAGACACUCCUUUGUUGCCUUGGCCGUGUGUUUUGGGUCAUUGUCAUGCUGGAAUACCCAUCCACGACCCAUUUUCAAUGCCCUGGCUGAGGGAAGGAGGUUCUCACCCAAGAUUUGACGGUACAUGGCCCCGUCCAUCGUCCCUUUGAUGCGGUGAAGUUGUCCUGUCCCCUUAGCAGAAAAACACCCCCAACGCAUAAUGUUUCCAUGUUUGACGGUGGGGAUGGUGUUCUUGGGGUCAUAGGCAGCAUUCCUCCUCCUCCAAACAAGGCGAGUUGAGUUGAUGCCAAAGAGCUCGAUUUUGGUCUCAUCUGACCACAACACUUUCACCCAGUUCUCCUCUGAAUCAUUCAGAUGUUCAUUGGCAAACUUCAGAUGGGCCUGUAUAUGUGGUUUCUUGAGCAGGGGGACCUUGCGGGCGCUGCAGGAUUUCAGUCCUUCACGGCGUAGUGUGUUACCAAUUGUUUUCUUGGUGACUAUGGUCCCAGCUGCCUUGAGAUCAUUGACAAGAUCCUCCCGUGUAGUUCUGGGCUGAUUCCUCACCGUUCUCAUGGUCCUCUGUAGCUCAGCUGGUAGAGCACGGCGCUUGUAACGCCAAGGUAGUGGGUUCGAUCCCCGGGACCACCCAUACACACAAAAAAAAAUGUAUGCACGCAUGACUGUAAGUCACUUUGGAUAAAAGCGUCUGCUAAAUGGCAUAUUAUAUUAUAUUAUAUGAUCAUUGCAACUCCACGAGGUGAGAUCUUGCAUGAAGCCCCAGGCCGAGGGAGAUUGACAGUUCUUUUGUGUUUCUUCCAUUUGCGAAUAAUCGCACCAACUGUUGUUACCUUCUCACCAAGCUGCUUGGCGAUGGUCUUGUAGCCCAUUCCAGCCUUGUGUAGGUCUACAAUCUUGUCCCUGACAUCCUUGGAGAGCUCUUUGGUCUUGGCUAUGGUGAAGAGUUUGGAAUCUUAUUGAUUGAUUGCUUCUGUGGACAGGUGUCUUUUAUACAGGUAACAAACUGAGAUUAGGAGCACUCCCUUUAAGAGUGUGAUCCUAAUCUCAGCUCGUUACCUGUAUAAAAGACACCUGGGAGCCAGAAAUCUUUCUGAUUGAGACGGGGUCAAAUACUUAUUUCCCUCAUUAAAAUGCAAAUCAAUUUAUAACAUUUUUGACAUGCGUUUUUUUUGGAUUUUUUUGUUGUAAUUCUGUCUCUCACUGUUCAAAUAAACCUACCAUUAAAUGUAUAGACUGAUCAUGUCUUUGUCAGUGGGCUAAUGUACAAAAUCAGCAGGGGAUCAAAUACUUUUUUCCCUCACUGUAUAUGCCCGUUUGAAGUUUGCCAAUGAACAUCUGAAUGAUUCAGAGGAGAACUGGGUGAAAGUGUUGUAGUCAGAUGAGACCAAAAUCGACGUGUUUGGAGGAGGAGGAAUGCUGCCUAUGACCCCAAGAACACCAUCCCCACCGUCAAACAUGGAGGUGGAAACAUUAUGCUUUGGGGGUGUUUUUCUGCUAAGGGGACAGGACAACUUCACCGCAUCAAAGGGACGAUGGACGGGGCCAUGUACCGUCAAAUCUUGGGUGAGAACCUCCUUCCCUCAGCCAGGGCAUUGAAAAUGUGUCGUGGAUGGGUAUUCCAGCAUGACAAUGACCCAAAACACACGGCCAAGGCAACAAAGGAGUGUCUCAAGAAGAAGCACAUUAAGGUCCUGGAGUGGCCUAGCCAGUCUCCAGACCUUAAUCCCAUAGAAAAUCUGUGGAGGGAGCUGAAGGUUCGAGUUGCCAAACCUGAAUGACUUGGAGAAGAUCUGCAAAGAGGAGUGGGACAAAAUCCCUCCUGAGAUGUGUGCAAACCUGGUGGCCAACUACAAGAAACGUCUGACCUCUGUGAUUGCCAACAAGGGUUUUGCCACCAAGUACUAAGUCAUGUUUUGCAGAGGGGUCAAAUACUUAUUACCCUCAUUAAAAUGCAAAUCAAUUUAUAACAUUUUUGACAUGUGUUUUUCUGGAUUUUUUUGUUGUUAUUCUGUCUCUCACUGUUCAAAUAAACCUACCAUUAAAAGUAUAGACUGAUCAUGUCUUUGUCAGUGGGCAAACGUACAAAAUCAGCAGGGGAUCAAAUACUUUUUUCCCCUCACUCUAUUUAAGUUAUUUUGUUGGGUUAAUCUAUUCCAGCUGUUAGAUAUCUGCUUGGAUGCUCAACCAAACACUGACUGUGGACUGUUUGUAAUGUUUUGUACACGCAGUAUAAAUCUACCACAACAACAACAAACAAUCUGGGCACUGACAGCUGUGGGAAGCCAGGGAUCUGUAAAUAGGUAUAGAUCCCAGGCUUCCCACAGCUGUCAGUGCCCAGAUUGUUUGUUGUUGUGAUAGAUUUACACUGAGUGUACAAAACAUUAGGAACACCUUCCUAAUUUUGAGUUGCACACCCUUAUGCCCUCAGAACAGCCUCAAUUCGUCGGGACAUGGACUCUACAAGGUGUCGAAAGCGUUCCACAGGGAUGCUGGCCCAUGUUGACUCCAGUGUAACCCACCGUUGUUGUCAAGUUGCUGGAUGUCCUUUGGGUGGUGGACCAUUCUUGAUACACAAGGAAAACUAUUGAGCGUGAAAAACCCAGCAGCAUUGCAGUUCUUGACACCCUCAAACUGGUGCGCCUGGCACCUACUACCAUUCAAAGGCACUUAAAUAUUUUGUCUUGCCCAUUCACCCUCUGAAUGGCACACAUACACAAUCCAUGUCUCAAUUUUCUCAAGGCUUAGAAAUACUUUUUUUUACCUGUCUCCUCCCCUUCAUCUACACUGAUUGAAGUGGAUUUGACAGGUGACAUCAAUAAGGGAUCAUAGCUUUCACCUGGAUUCACCUGGUCAAUCUAUGUCAUGGAAAGAGCAGAGUUCCUAAUGUUUUAUACACUCACUGUAUAGUAUUUUGGAAAAGGAUCUCGUUGUCAGUUCAUUUGUGUGACUGCAGAAACAGGAAGUUUGGGAAUUGUUUGUAACCAUUACAAGUGUUUCCACUGAAUCUUAAGCGUAGAGACCUAAAUGUGUCAUGUCAUUAAAGUGAUUUAAAGUAUAUUAUGAAGACCUUUGUGUUUUUUCUAACAGAAUGUAUUUCCAUAUUUCCUCUGGAGCCAUUGGAGGAUAAAACUUUGUCAAGAGACAUGAACUUUUCUCUGGAUUUUAAAAGGUGACUGACCAGACCAACAGUCAAACUACAGUUGGUCCCCUAUAUUAGGUUUAUUUUGUUGUACUCAAUAAUCAUAAAUGUUUCUCUGUCUUUCACUCAGGCUGUUGUCAGUAAACAUCUACCUCACGUUGAAAGCCAUCAACCUGCAGACAGUGCGCCACCAUGAGCUCCCAGACUGUUAUGACUUUAGUAUAAUGGUAGGUGGUGGGUUGUAUGACUCAGGAAACCACUUCCUCAAGCUCUUUUAGGCAUUUAAGUGUAGGCUUUUAAGUGUGUGGCAGCUGUCCUCUGUGUCAAUGGAGAAGACAAAUGGAAACCAGUAGCGAGUCCCCAAAGUUUAAUGAUUAAUUUGUGUCAUGGAAUAACUAGUCAAUUCUCUGUUUUCUAGUAAUAGUGCAUUUAAAAUGUUACUUAAACCAGCAGAAAUCCAGCUGUUGAAGCCUGGAUACAGUCAUCCUUGCUAGAACUCACUAACAAUUGAUGUCUCUGUCUGACUUUAUUUUUGGCAGAUAAUGUUUGACAACCGUGCACACAGUGGGAGGAUAAAGAUUAACUUAGAAAAUAAUGUUGGAAUCAAUGAAUGUAAAGACUGGAAUGUUGCAAGCACUUGUAAGUAUUUUAUAAGACCAUCCCAGUAUGGUAAAAAAUAUAUAAAAAAUGCUUUGCUUGACUAACUGUAUUAGUCAGCAUACGAUAUGACUGAGUAAUAGCUAUAUUCUUUGUGACCUCAGUAGUCAAGAUUUAAAAUGUUUAGUGAGCUGAGCCAGACAGUCUCGUCUCCUUAUUUGUAACAUACUGUAGUUCUAACAAGUGCUGUGCCUCUCAAAGCCAGAAGGGGGCACAAUUUAAAACAUUUAGGAAAUGUUCAUAAUCUGUUGUUCAGCAUGUUCAUCCUCCAAGUUUCUACAGUCCAUAUUUCAUAAAUUUACUGUAGAGAUCCUACCAUAUUCAGUGGCAGUAAUCUGUCAGCCUCCAUCCCAUAUGAAUGAGGAAAAGUUCCACUAGCUAAUUUACUGUUUGAUUGAAUUUGCAGCUGGGAAGAACAACCACCUCCUCUUGCUGUUCGAUUCCCUCGUCAUCCUCGCCUGCUUUACCUCACUCAUCUUGUGCACACGCUCAGUCUGCAAUGGAUCUCAGCUCCAAUUUGUAAGUUAAGAAGACCAUCUUCUAUAGGUUUUAUAGGUUAAAUAUUAGGGUUGUACAUACCAUGAAUACGGUCAGGUAUUCAUACAAUAUACAAGUAGAAGCACACCCAGCUCAUGAUAGCAUGUAGGCCUACUCACUAUAGCAAUAGCGUUAAUAUUGAUGUGUUUUUGCUUAUGGUGUGAUUUCUCUCAUUCAGCAUUACACUGCAUUCUUCCACACCUACUUUGGUAAAACUGUGUCCUGGUCUGAGCGCAUGGAGUUUGUGAAUGGCUGGUAUAUUCUGAUCAUCGUCAGCGAUACACUCACCAUCGCUGGAUCCGCCCUCAAACUAGGAAUACAGACUAAGGUGUAGUGGCUUCACCUGAGCACAUACAUUUUGAUCAUGUGUCUGUAUGUCCAAUAUGACAUUCAUAUUUCUGUAUUUUUCAGGACCUUACAAACUAUGAUGUCUGCAGUAUUUUGCUUGGGACAUCCACAAUGCUUGUCUGGGUUGGAGUUAUCCGCUACCUGGGUUUCUUUAAGAAAUAUAACGUAAGGACUAACAUAAGAAAUUAACUAAAUUGAACAGCAAUGUUCCAUCAGCACCACCGCAAUGAUUUGUUCUUUGAAUAGGAACAUUACAGUACAUAGAGUUCAUAAAGGACAGUACAUAUUCAAAUAGUGAAACAUAGAUGGGUAAGGUUCCUUGUUCCUCCUAGAUCCUAAUUCUGACCCUGAGGGCAGCGUUUCCAAAUGUGAUCCGCUUCUCCUGCUGCGUUGGCUUGAUCUACCUGGGCUACUGUUUCUGUGGCUGGAUCGUUCUGGGGCCGUAUCAUGAGAAGGUAAGUAGGUACACUAAAAACCAAAAAGGUAAUACAGUACCUGUAUAUGUGGGCCCAAGAUCUUUUAGAAUCCACAUAUAUAAGGUCAGUCCAGUAUAUGAAGGGCUACAAUUUUAAACAAUGUGUUACCAUGGUUUAUUACAUAUAACUAAUAACAGUUUAUAAACUACUUAUAAACCCUUUAAAAAUCCUUUAUAACACAACAUACCUUAAUGCAAAGUGUUACCAAUUGAUUUUCUACCAGUUCCGGACCUUGGACAAGGUGACGGAGUGCCUGUUCUCUCUGAUCAACGGUGAUGACUUGUACUCCACGUUCCAGAAGAUGAGAGGGAAGAGAAACAUGGUGUGGCUGUUCAGCAGGCUCUACCUCUACUCCUUCAUCUUUCUCUUCAUUUACCUGGUGCUCAGUCUGUUCAUUGCCCUCAUCACAGACACAUACGAAACCAUCAAGGUCAGCUUUGGACUUGAAUUAACAUGGCAUGACAUAAUCAAAAGUAACCGUCCCUGUUUAUCUUGUGUAUGCCUGUUCAAUGAGAAAAGAUGCUACUUGAAUGAUCUGGUAUAAUGUUGCUUCUCCUUCCAGGUAUAUGUAAGGUUACAGCACACAAUACAACAUGGUAAUAGUAUAGUACUGUAUGUAGAUGUUCAGAAAGUUAACUGCCAUACUGUUUCUUUUCAGCAACACCAGAAGGACAGAGUCCUGGUGUCCCAGCUGCAGGCCUUUAUGGCUGAGUGUAGAGACCAGCCUGACUCUGGGAAGUACAAGAUAGACAAGGAACCCACCUGCUGCUGCUUUGGAUAGACCCUAUAAAGUAGCCGUGUGUG